AUGGUGGACACAGAAAACCAAUUUUUCCCCCUAGAGGAUGAUCUCGGAAGCCCCUUAUCUAGAGAGUUCCUACAAGACGUGGAAAACAUACAGGACAUCUCGUCUAUUGGUGAUGAUAGCCCUGGAGCAUUAAGUGUAACAGAGCUCCAGUCUUUGGGAAAUGGUCCAGGAUCUGAUGGAUCAGUCAUUACAGACACACUUUCACCAGCAUCAAGUCCUUCAUCCAUUAAUUUUGCCACAAUUCCAGGUAGCAUAGAUGAAUCACCCAGUGGAGCAUUAAACAUUGAAUGUAGAAUUUGUGGAGACAAAGCUUCUGGCUUCCAUUAUGGAGUACAUGCUUGUGAAGGUUGUAAGGGAUUUUUUAGGAGAACAAUUCGACUUAAACUCAUCUAUGAUAAAUGUGAUCGUACCUGCAAAAUUCAGAAAAAAAAUCGUAAUAAGUGCCAAUACUGUCGUUUUCAAAAGUGCCUUUCAGUUGGAAUGUCACAUAAUGCAAUUCGUUUUGGACGAAUGCCAAGGUCUGAGAAGGCAAAGUUGAAAGCAGAAAUUCUAACAGGUGAACAAGAUGUGGAAGAUUCAGAAAUGGCAGAUCUUAAAUCUCUUGCUAAGAGAAUCUAUGAGGCCUAUCUGAAAAACUUCAAUAUGAACAAGGUCAAAGCUAGAGUCAUCCUUGCAGGGAAAACCAAUAACAAUCCACCAUUUGUUAUACAUGACAUGGAAACACUGUGUAUGGCAGAGAAGACUCUGGUGGCAAAACUGGUAGCCAAUGGAAUCCAGAACAAGGAAGCAGAAGUUCGAAUCUUCCAUUGUUGCCAGUGUACAUCUGUAGAGACUGUAACAGAACUUACUGAAUUUGCCAAAUCUAUCCCUGGCUUCUCAAAUCUUGAUUUGAAUGAUCAGGUGACUCUGUUAAAAUAUGGAGUUUAUGAAGCCAUUUUUGCCAUGCUAGCUUCUGUAAUGAACAAAGAUGGGAUGCUGGUAGCCUAUGGAAACGGCUUUAUAACUCGAGAGUUCCUGAAAAGCCUAAGAAAGCCAUUUUGUGAUAUUAUGGAGCCGAAGUUUGAUUUUGCAAUGAAAUUCAAUGCACUGGAGCUGGAUGAUAGUGACAUAUCGCUUUUUGUAGCUGCUAUCAUUUGCUGUGGAGAUCGUCCUGGUCUUGUAAAUGUAGAAUACAUUGAAAAGAUGCAGGAGGGCAUUGUGCAUGUACUAAAACUUCACUUGCAAAACAACCAUCCCGAUGACAUCUUCCUCUUCCCAAAACUCCUCCAGAAAAUGGCUGACCUCCGACAGCUUGUCACAGAGCAUGCUCAACUUGUUCAGAUAAUCAAAAAGACUGAAUCUGAUGCACUCUUGCAUCCUUUAUUACAAGAAAUCUACAGCGAUAUGUAUUAAGAGUUUUUUGUAAUUUUUUCCACAGUAUUUAAAGCCAAGAGCAAUAUUAAUAAUAGAUGGGAGAAAAAUUACUUUGUACAGUUAUCUGCUGUGCUGAAUUCCAGAACAUGAAAAAUCUAAAUUGUAGAUAACUGGAAUGUCACACUUCUUUUGUCGUGGGUUCUUUAAGUACUUUAGAGAAAUUACGUAGUGCUCAUUAAUUUGCUCAUAAGAAGCUUUGGUUAAUUUGAAAUUUGAGGGUUAGCGAGAAUGUAAAUGUACUGAACAAGUAGAUGUUUAACAAAUCUGAAUCUGUUGACUAACAAAUAGACCUUGAUUGAUCAAAAUUAUAUUCUGUAUUGGGCUAGUCAUUGAGUAUUAAUUUACCAAAUAGGGCAAAAUUUGUUCAAGAUACAUGCACUAUCUUCUAUAGAUUAUGUACUCUUGGUUUAAAUACUCUCAUGUUCAUUAUUGAGAACCAACUAGCACUUUCAAUUUUUUUUCUCAAACAAGAGUCAGGCUAGAUGUAUCAAGUGGCUGGGUAUAACUAUACGUGCACAGGUAUAUUUAUUUGAAAGAUAUUUACUUUGUUGCUGUCUGAAUUAUGAGAGGAAUAGUACUACUUAAGUAACUUUAGGAUUAACCUUUUAAAAAGAGUCUUUAAAAAAAAUUAAUUAAAGGAUUACCAUGGUGUAACUCACAUAAUCACUUCCCUGCCACUGUGGGAGCCUUGGGCACUGGUGCCCCUUGGUCCCGUCUAUUCUCUGCCUAUGGCACAUAAUAGUGUAGUCUCCUGGGAUAUCAUACCCAAUGACCAAAAUUAGACCAACCAAAGUAUCAGUGUGUGGGUCCUGGGUGGUGCUGGUGUUCUGAUAUACAGGAGGUCAGACUAGUUGAUCUAGUGGUCCUUUCUGGCCAUAAAGUGUAAGACUCUAUAAAAUAUGUCAAAGAUAUUUUAGCAAGAUGCUUGUUAGUGAAUUGUACUUUAUAACUGGGGAAUGCUUUUUCAAAAGUGUUCUAAUGAAACUAGGCAAAAGUCCCUUUUGGGUGGAGAUGUAGUAUAUUGUGUGCAUCUUGGAGAAGUCUUAAUUGCUGAAGAUGAAAUUUUUAUUUUAAUAUGCCAUUUUGAAUUAGCAGGACUUGGGGAGUCACCCAGAAGUCUGAUUCUUGCCCCAAGGAAGCUGAAUUCCAGAUUGUCAGAAUACAAUAGCUUCAGGUGGUGGUCUACUCUGAAAAGUGAUUGUAUAAACAUGACACCUUUAUUCUUAACAGGUCUGCACCCAAUAUGUAUUCAAAGUCAUACAUACUGUACUGUCCUGAUAAAAAAUAUUAUUUUACAUUCUCUGCUUAUAUUACCCCCUCGGAGCCGAUCCAGCUGGGUGAACUGCCUUCUGUUCCUCUUCAUACAUUGUCAACAGAACUAUUAACUAAAUUCCAAAUGCACUAUAUUGUGCCCUCCUUUUACUCUACUACACUGGAGGCAACAGGUACAGAAAGCAGAAUUUGUAGACACUGAUUGCACAGUUGUAAAGAAAGAGGGCACAGCUUGGAGAAAAUCGUUUCAUGUAAUUGAGGGCAGAAUCUGAGCCACAGUGUACUUCUUACUGGUGAAAUAAAGCCAAACUAACACAGCUUGACUGGCAGUUAGAACAAUCAUGUUACAGUAAACUGAGCCCAUCUAAUCUGAAAAUCAUUGAAACAUAAUAGACAUGGAACUCCAUCAUGCCACUUUUCAGAGACUACUGUAUAAAGAGUGAAAACAACUGCUAGCCAUGAGUUUCUUUUGGGAGUAACGUUUAAUAUAUUAAAGACAGUCUCCUGCUCUCUUAUCUAUCUUUUCCUUUUUACCCUGAGAGUUUAUUGAUCUUUUUUUAUGCGGUGUUAAAACAACGAUCUUGACAGCCAAUUUUGACAAUACUUUCAUAGUAAUACUUUCUGUGGCUGAAAAAGGGUCAGUUUUCAUGCCUGCUUUAUUGCAGCAUGGUUUCAAGGCUUCAGAAUCAUAAACCUUCACUAACAGAAUCAACUUGGGAGUAAGGCUUGAUAAAUCCCAGAACACAGAACAGUGAUCUCUGUUUUCAUCAUAGAACUUGUUUCUGCUAGAGCCUUGUUGGUACAGUUAGGCUUUUGGUCAUUUGAGCCUUACAUAUUGUAAGAUGAUUAGUGAUUUUUUUCAACUUAGACAUUGCAAGUGUUAAAAACAAAGUAUCUAUACUUCCAUCAGUGUGUUUAGAAUCUAUUCCAGUUUCUGUGCUUAUGUAACUUCUCAGGCACACACAGCUCAAAGUGGUGUAUGUGUUUGGGGGAGGGAAAAAGUAAAGAAUGCAUAUAUGCAAAAUGAUGACAUACAUGCUACCUUUCCCAUCCGCCAUUUUUUCUUUUUUCACAACCAGCAGCAGUGAAAAGUAUGGAUAUAAGACACCUACCUUAUCUAUUGAAUUAGAGAAUAGAUUUUCAAGUUUUAUCAGAAAACAGUGGAUUGAGAAAUGAUCUGCUUUUUGUAUUAUUGCAGUACACUGUGACUUCAGAAAAAUGAGAGGAUUUCAGCAAUGGUACUUUCUGCUACUAAAAAUGUUUCCUAUUGCCAACUGCAAAUGUUUAAAAAUCAUGAAUCAGAUGCCAAAAAAUGAUGAGGUUGGCUUAAAAACUAUAAGAUAUAUCACUAAUAUCUUGGAUUUGGGGGGGGUCUUUUAGGGGCUUUUAGGUCACAUUUUCAAACUUUACUCCCAAGAUUGAGGGCUAGAAACUUAAAUGAAGGCAGAGAUUCUCACAUAAUCACUUCUUUCCAGAAGAUGGGGCUUUAAAUAAAAUAUCAAAUAUUGCAAGACUCGUAAUGAAAUCAUAAGAGUUGCCAACAUUUGACUUCUCAAGUUAAAUAUGGACCUAAAUGCUCUGGAUCUUUUAAAAUCCUUCAACUUCCUAUUGUUAUCUGCCCUUCUGGAAAUUUAUUUCAGACUUGUUUGGGGUUCAUUGCAUUUCCAGUACACUGUCUCUGUUUGUUUCCAACUUUCAUAUAGGUCCAAAUUCUGGACCUUCGCACAGGCCUAAAAUAAACAAACCUUGCUCAGGUAAAUGUCCAUGGGAGUCAGGAAAGGCAGCAUUCUUACUCUAUUGAGCAGCACCCAUUACACCCACUUUUCUCCAUGCAGGUGAUUAGACUGGUGGAGCAACAUAACCAUUGUCACACUGGCUAUACCCUUGCCCAUCCCCCACCAUUCCUACCACCAGCCACUAUUCUGCACUGCUUUGGAGGAAGCCAGUGUGGAGUAAAGUUCAGUGCUGUCCAGAAUGCGUGCACUGCAGAAGGAUCACAGUGAUUCCACUGACCUUAAGUUGCUGUGCUUCCAUUGAAAGGGAGGUAGGGUUUGGCCCAGAAUGAAUAACUAUUACAGUGAAUGAUGAAUUUUUGGUUUUUCCAUUUGGGAUAAAAUGUGAUGUUUUGUUGCCUGGAUGGUUGAGCAAGGACAGCACUUUCUAGAGAGAGAGAGAGACUUCAAUGCAAUGCUAGAAUUGCCUCAGCAGGUAGAUGAUAUGCAUAUGGAGUUACUACUGUUUAUAAAGCUUAGAUGAAAGUAUUUGUUCCUCAGAAUGCUUAUCCUGUAAGGGGGUGUGAUGCAGCUGACUCAGUUUUAGGUAUAUGCCUUGUGUUUGAUUAAUAGUAGUCCCCAUAAUUAAGUCUUUGACCAUCAGCCAAUUCCUGCUCUGUUGGGAGCCCUAACAGUUAAUUCCUUGCUGCCUGAUAGUUGAGACUUUUUUUUGUUUUGUCCACUCUCACCUCAUCUGCUGAGUGAAACCAUCUCAUUUUCCUUCCUUCCUUUCAUAAACCCUGGUCUUCCUGGUGCCUCUCUGUCUGAUACUAAAUACAAAGGUGGAGCAAAACCUAUUAACCUCCCUAAUGCUCUUGUUUAGUUAAAUAGCAGCUGUACACACCCCACAUCUCCCCAGGUGAGGCAGUACUCUGUCCCACCUCCACUUGUAUAUGCUAUGACUACGAGCAUCUGAGUACGUCAGCACCCAUGCCUAUGAACUUUCACACUUAACACCAAUAGUGCUACCCCUAUAGGUGGUCUCUACAGCUGUGGUCGGCAUCUCUUUUGGUAUUCUUGAUGUAUGCAGCACCCACAUGUGUGUAACAGUGAACAGCACACUUGGUGUGAACCUGAUGACAACAGUAGCAAUGGCACAUAUCCAGAGCCUCUUUGCAUUUCAGCUAGGAUCUUUGUUUGUCAGCAAAGUUCCUGAUCUAGAAAUUCAUUCAUCAAACAUCUAAAAGUUUUUAAGUAGGAAAAGACAGCAGUUGCAUUUCAAGACCGGCUAAUGUUUUGGAUAGUUCCCAUAACUAUUUGAAUUUUGAUGAGUGUUUUAAAGAGCUACAAUUAAAAUUAACAUUUAAAAUAUAUGUACAAAAAGUAUUUGUCGAGGGUUACAGAAACUUGAACAAGAUGUUAACAGAUCCUAAAAUUCUGGGAGAUUCCACUAAGUGCACUACAGAGAUACCUAUACUGCCUUCAAAGAAUAUAAGGCACAGAACAAUAAUCUCAACUGUAAAUUUAGUAUUGAUAUACAGAACUUUAUUUUAGCAUUACAUUUUUCACAGAUUUAGCUCAGCUACCUCAACUAGGGUGACCAGACAGCAAGUAUGAAAAAUCGGGACAGGGGGUGGGGGGUAAUAGGAGGCUAUAUAAGAAAAAGACCCAAAAAUCAGGACUGUCCCUAUAAAAUCGGGACAUCUGGUCACCCUAACCUCAACAGAUUAUCACAGUAGACACUAACAAAUUAGAUUUUCAAGAUGGCUUUUGUGAAAGUUUACAGUUUGGACUAAGUGCUAACAGAUUCCUGAGCAACUUUCAUCAUGCACAAAGGAGUCAAAACAUCCAAGUGUUAGGGUUUUUUUAAAAAAAUCAAUUCUAUACAAGAGAGUGGUCUUAUUUAAAAGAGAACACUAUUACAGUCUUGCUGGCCUGUUUGAUACAUCAUUACUCUGACUAGCAGCAGGUUCUAGGGGAAAUUGUAUAACCUUAAUUUUAAUUCAUUUGGUUAUUCUGUUUAAAGCUUUAUUCUAAUUUCAAAGUGAGUGCAUGCAACCCUCAUUAAUACAAAUGAAGUUACUUGUGGAUAUCCACAUAUCCCUUAAUUUCAGGAGCCCAUCUCUAUUUUAAAUGCACUAAAAUUAAAAUGACGACCAAUCAGAAUGUUUUCCAUUUACUCAAACUGAACUUUUUUGGCAUUUAAAAGUGCCUUAAUUUUCAUUUUCCUGUGCCUUUGGGUUUCUGGUGCCAACCAGCUGCUAAAAUGUUGAAAUCCUGCCAAAGAGCUUGUUUGCACUAUUUCUGGCCCAAACAGAUUUAGGAAAUACCAGCAAUUGUACCAGAGUCCAUUCUCAUGAGAUUUCUAACACAAGUUUGUAAACUCAAGGGGUUAAGAUAAGUAUCUAAAUGUGUGUUUAUCUUAAAUACUAAAUCUGUGAAGGUUUACUCAUUGCUAGAAUUAGGUCGCACACUGAACUAGCAUUUCUGUGUUGUCUUUCAUUUCUAGUGGUCAGCUUUACGGUAAGAAGUCUUAGACAAAGCAGUUGGAGAAGAUUGCAUUGCAGCUACCUACAUUAUUCUGGUCCUCUUCCGUUUCAGCUCAGUUUGUCCCUUAAUUUUCAGUCACAAAGCUUCUAUCUCAAAGUUUUUAAAAAAGAAAAAAAUCAGUUAUUUAAAUGCAUUUAUAGCCAUUGUACUAUUUUUAUAAUAAAAUAAUGAAUUGUUGAAUGUCAUAAAAUUGGUACUUCAUUCAAAGCCAUAAUCCUUUAUUAAGGCUUGUUGAAUUGAAAGGCACAGUCUGAGGCUUGCCUGUAACUUACCUCAGUGCUAUUUUAAUAACCACAUUCAAAUUUGAAUAUCUGUGCUUAAUCAGGUUUGUUAACCAUCAGGUACUGAAUGGUUAAAAUUACAAUAUGAAGUUUGAACUAAGAUUACUGGUAUUGUUCAGUUUUGUCUUUUGUUUUUAAACUGAAUGUGAUAGUGUUUCUUUAAACUUCCAUAUGUAAAAUAUACAAAUAUAAUUGCAAGACAAACUUUUAGUAAAUUAUACCACAAAAGCUUUAAAGAAAAUGUCAAUUAUUUAAGUGAACCACUAUGGACCUGAUUUGCAAACCCUUAGUCACAAAGUGAAAACUUUUAUGAGUAAAGGCCGCAAGGUCUCAAGUUAAAGAUGCUAUUAAUUUGUUUGUGGACUUAAUUGCCACAAACUAUAUAAAGGACUGUCAUGCUCCCUUGCCCUGGACUCUGCCUCAGUUUCCACUCCAUCUGUAUAAAUCAGUCCUGAGCCAGACUUUUACCAUUUUAGAGCCCUCAUCCAGAGGGUUCCAAUAAUUAAACAGAAACUAACACAGUCUCAGCCAAUAGUUUGUCUCUCUGGACUCUUGUUCUUCUCUCACCGAGAAACAGUCAUGAGCCACCCUGCCACCUCAGCAUUGCCUGCUGUUCCCCAUCCACACUGGGGUUAUCGGUUUCUUGUUCCAAAUUGCCUGCGUCAGCUAUUUCCCUCCCCACAAACUUACUCCUUUUCAAAGGACUUUCUGCCUUCCUACUCCCUCCCCAGAAGCUGCAGGCCUUUUCUGUCCAGAGGCACCCACCAGCUCUUUUUGCAGAGCUAAUAGGAUUUCUCCUAUGGUCCCUCUUCCCUGAUAGUUUCCCUCAGGCUUCUCCCUACUACUUCCAAGCCCCAGCUGAGUGUUCCCCCCUGCUCUUCCUCGUGUAGGAUCUUUUCUAAUCUGUGGAGAUCUCAAGCCUUCCCCAAAGAGAGAACACUCGUGGGUAGCUUCCUUCUUAUACUACUCAGACAGUCUCCUUAUAGAGUUCAGCUGCUCCGUUACUAAUUUGGCUGAUGAGGCAUCACUUGGAGCACCUCAUUGCUCCAAAGUGUAGUUCACAGGGUGGUGGAGGGCAAGUGUUGUGCAAAACUUUGGGAUACAUCAGUGCAUGAGCAUUUGCAGUUGUAAACAAGGUUUGAAAAUAUUUGUAUGUAGAAUGUAGACUUCCUUUUAUUUCUCUUUUGAUACAAGUAAGUCUGGCACAGGAUAAACUGUAGCUGUAAAAUAUUUUGUUAACAUAAUUAAGGUUUGGGGCUCAAACUCGCCAAGGUGUAGGGUGGACUUCAGAACCACUUUCAUCUUUCCAUUGCCUGCAGUACUUUGUUUAAUUACAAGCCUAGUAGGAAAACUAAAGAGAGGUCGUUUCUAUACAAUUCCUGUAGACCUAAGUUUCUCUCAUAAUUUAUACUUAAAUUUUGUGAGAAGUUGAUUUUUGGCUUUACAGGAAUAAAGCUCUCCUAUUGUUUGUUUAUAUAAAAAAUAAUUUUGGUGCCACCCACACUGAGGUUGAACUAUGAUUUCUUAGACACUUCAAAAUAUGUAACUGUUUGACUAUACAAUGAAAACUAAGUAAUUAAAAUAUGCAAUAACUUGGAAGUUGUUUGUUAAUUUUUCUGUAGGAACAUUCCUUUUUUCCAAUACUUUAGAUCAGUGGUUUUCAACCUUUUUUUAAUUUGCAGACCCCUAAAAAAUUUCAAAUGGAGGUAUGGACCUCUUUGGAAAUCUUAGCCAUAGUCUGCGGACCCCCAGUGGUCCAUUGACCACAAGUUGAAAACCAUGUUCUAUGGUAAAGACAACCUUUCACAGACCCCUUAGACAUAGUCUGCAGACCCCAGGGAGGCUGAAAACCACUGCUUUUGAUAUAGACUAAGACAAUCUAUAUAUAGGCCCUGAUUCUGCAUCCUGUGACUAAGGUACAAUUCCAUGUUUGCAUGGAUCUCUUCUAGCAAAUCCUGAUGCAGGAUCAGGCCAUAGACACGAAGUUAAUUAUUUGUAAUGGUUAAAUUUUAUUCUGAAGAAUUCAAAAAUGACACCCAGGACAAGCACAGUAUGUUCUAAUUGUUCUAGCCAUGAUUUAUAUUUGUUGCUGUUUUGUUUGCAGUACAUAAUAUCACAUCUUAUAAUGUUGAUGCAACUUUAAAAUUGUAGAUGAUAUAUUAUCAUCCAAGUUCUCUGUGUUCAUCGAUGUGUCAAAUUUCUAUUAAGAACUUAUUUGUAAAAGAUAUACUAAGUUUUCUUUUGGUAAUCUAUUUUUUCUGCACUGGAUUAACAGUCUGUGGCAGCAGUAAAGUAAAACCUACAUUAGCUAUGUCAUGUUAUACUGCAACUGUAUAAUAGAUGUGUUUUCCUGUUAACUAAAACCAUCCCAGGGGCAAGGUGCUUUUCUAAGCAAUAUCAAUGUGUUUAAUAGUUUUAUUAAGGCUUCUUUCAGUUUCUUAAUCUAUUUCAAUCCUGGCCUCUUUUACCUUUCUUAAAUUUGUCUCCCUGUGAGAUCACAAUUGCAGGGAAAGAUGUAAUGGAGCAACAGAAUAGCUAAUGCUGAAGACACAGGGCCAGAUCCUUCAGUCUUGCUGAUUUGCCAAGGUAAACACCAAGGUCCCAAUCCUCAACAAUGUGAGAAGCUUGUACCCAUUAGGACUACUUGCCUAAGUAAUGACUACUCACAGGAAUAUUAGUUGCAGGACUUGCCCUAAGUAAGGAUUGCAAGAUUUGGCCCAAUUUAUUUAAUGUCAUUUAAGCAUUUUGGAGUAUAUGCUGCUCUUGAUAUGCAUGUUGGCUCAAAUUGUUACACACAUUUGACAAAUCCUGAUUUAUGAUUACUGUAAAAGAUUAUGUGGUGACUCGGAAUGUUAUCGUUUACCUCCCGGAGGCUACAGUACUUGGGUUUGGAACAAUGUUAACCAGCUGAAACACUGACAGUAAGCAAAUGGGGCAUCCUAAUUGACUGCAUAUGAGUUCAGUAAAAGUAUCCACUCUCUGUUGUUUAUUCUUUUCCCCCUAACUUGACUUUGUAAGAUUUCUGAAACAAAAUUGCUGGAUUUGUAUACAAGUCAACUUCAAAUACAUCAUAGCUGUACUUUUACUGCUGAUAUAUUUACCUAGUAUAGGUAUAUUUUGCCACAUGGAAGCCUUUAUGGAGGCCCCACCUCUUUGUAUUGCCUCCUGAUUUCCACAGUAAAGCAGAAUGGUGUCACACACACACACACACACACACACACACACACACACACACACACACACACACACACACACACACACACACACACACACACACACACACACACACACACACACACACACCCCCCCCCCCCCCCAAAUUCCCCAGCAUUUCGACUCGGGAAGCUUUUACUAAUCAGGGUGGCUAAUGCUCAACCAGCCACCAUUAAUGGGUUAAGGGGGGAAUGAUGCCAUGGAAAGAGGCUUUCAUGCAUUCCCACUCCUGGAGUUGAUUCCCACAGGGUGAGUGUGUGAGGGAAGCAUUGCUGAUGAGCCAGGAUUCCAUCUCUAUGUCCUUGAUCCACAGACAGCUACUAAGUAUUCCCCUUAGCUUGCAGAAGUGAAAGAGAACAUUUAAGCCUUGAUUUAUUUCCUUGGUAAUUACCAGGGCCACCCAGAGGAUUCAGGGGGCCUUGGGCAAAGCGGGGGAGCUGCGGCGCUUGUACUCACCCGGUGGUGGUCCGGGUCUUUGGCGGCGGGGGGCCCUUCAGUCGCUCCGCGUCUUCGGCAGCACUGAAGGGCCCCCUGCUGCUGAAAUGCCGCCGAAGACCCGGACCACUGCAGGGCCAGGGCUUGCGGAGCCCCUGCAGGGCCCAGGGCAAAUUGCCCCACUUGCCCCCGCCCCCCCGGGCAGCCCUGGUAAUUACAGAGAAAUAGUCAAAGUUGUAAUAUUACUGAUUUCACAAAAGAAAUGUUGUCAAACACUAAAGAUCAGUUUUAUUGACUUCUCAAAGGAUCUAAAUUGCAGAUUAAAAGUAGUGAAACUGGAGUAGAAACAGCUGCUGAAUUAUUUUUUUAUUAAUGUAACACACCAAUGUACUUGCAUAGUGGUGGUCAUUUUAAUUUUUUUAGAAUGACCUUAUAGUAUCCAACGCGGCACAAAAAAAAAUAUCAUUUUUUUGUCAAUGCUGCCGUUAAUUAAAAUCCUAACCUGUGGGGGGUCAUAAGUGGUUAACUCAGCACAAAUAUAGAUGUAAAAAAACAUUUUAUGUCAGGGUUUCCAGUUGUCUGGAACUUUUCUUGGGUGCCUUUUACUUGUAUUUAAUAUACAAAAGUGUAGUGAAAAAUGUAUCAAACUCAUCAGUAGCAGAUAUUGCUUAGUGGUGAGGAGUCAAAAAUAAUUAUCAUGGAGUGAUUGUCUUCCUGUAAAGUACCAGUAACUCAGGUUAAAUCCCCUAGUACUUUUUAGUCACAACGGUGCAGGUGCUGUUUUAAGAGGGAAUGGAAAGCCCUGGUAGCAUAGGGACUUGUAGGAAAGACAAAGUUAAGAGGUCUUUUGCACUUCUACAAGCAACAAAAACAAGUUUUUUAAUUACUAAAUAUAAUGGAUCCUGAAUGUUUGUUCUAGAAUCAACAGACUGGAAACAGGCCUGUAAAUUGAGUUAUUUUUUUCUAAUUUUUAUUUUACAUUCUGAUUUUUCUCUCCUUAAGAAUAAGGGAUUGAGCUGAUUAGUGAUUGUGUCAUGACUUGUAAGAACCAUAUGCGCUUAAAAAGUCAUACUGUAAGACUGAUGAAUGUAAAGAUGGUUAAUUUAAAGCUAUGGUUUUGCCUUAAUGGUUUAAAAAUAAAAUAUUUUUUAAAAUUGGA